GUCGUCACGGCGGACGGCGUGAGCCUCGCGUACCCCGGCACGUACGGCCUCCACGGGUGCGACCCGCACGACAGCGGGCUCGAGCCGUCCUGCAACUCGACCGGCUACCCCGUCCGCCUCCACCGCCAUCGUCAUCGCCGCCACCGUGCGGACGGCGUGAGCCUCGCGUACCCCGGCACGUACGGCCUCCACGAGUGCGACCCGCACGACAGCGGGCUCGAGCCGCCCUGCAACUCGACCGGCUACCCCGUCCGGUGCGAGCACGAGUGGUGCUGCGUCGACCCGGCCGCGUGCAGCACCGAGUACAGCACGACCGCGUACGUGGUGGGCGCCGCCCUGCACUACUCGUACCGUGCGUGCGGCUUCAGCAACGAGUUCGAGAGCUGCAAGCCGCCGCUCUCGCCCUUGCCACCCCCCUCGCCUUCCGUUAUCCCGCCGCUGUCCGCCACCGGUGACGCCGCCUUCCUCGCCGCCGCCCGCACGGCCGCCUUCGUCAGUACCGCCGCCGUCAUCGCCGCCUCCGUCAGCGCCGCCACAGCCAGCACACCGCCGUCGUCAUCGCCGCCACCGUCAGCGCCGCCACCGUCAGCGCCGCCAGUCCUCGACAUCGACCCUCGACCGCCGUCAUCACCGCUCCAGUCGACGCGGCGUUCGACCCGGCCAUGUGUGCGUGAGAAGCCCUACGUGGCGCUCUUCGGGCUCGUCCGCAUCGAGGACGGGCUCUCAGCUCACGAAGGGCGGCGGGCCGUGUCCGGAGAAGGCCGCUGCUGCCGCCUCCGUCCUCGCUCUGGCUGUCACCGCGCCGUCACCGUCCGCAUCUCCCACGCCGCCGCCGCCGCCCGCCUCGCUGUCGCCGCCGCCGCCCUCCACGUCGCCCUCGUCCUCGUCCUCGCCCUCGCCGCCCUAUCCUUGCCGCCGCCGCCGUGGCCGCCGCACUCGCCCUCCGCCACCGCAUCCCCACCCUCGCCGUCGCCUCCGCCCUCGCCGCCGCCGCCGCCGCCGCCGCCCUCGCCGACGCCGCCUUCGCCGUCGCCGCCCUCGUCGCCGCUCGACUGCCCGUGCCUCACCGCCUACCCGGCCGGCGUCAGCCUCGUGAGCGGCGAGGUCGCGGCGGACGGCGUGAGCCUCGCGUACCCCGGCACGUACGGCCUCCACGGGUGCGACCCGCACGACAGCGGGCUCGAGCCGCCCUGCAACUCGACCGGCUACCCCGUCCGGUGCGAGCACGAGUGGUGCUGCGUCGACCCGGCCGCGUGCAGCACCGAGUACAGCACGACCGCGUACGUGGUGGGCGCCGCCCUGCACUACUCGUACCGUGCGUGCGGCUUCAGCAACGAGUUCGAGAGCUGGUUGAUGAUGACGCUCUACAUUCGCUGGUUUGCUUUGGCGACCCUCGUGGCCGGGUCGCUCUCUGCGUCGGUGCAGGACCAAGACGGGACCGGGGCGACCGACCGCACCCUCAUGUUUUCAACUGUGCCAGGGCCGGGACCCGCCCCCCCGACCAAACCAUGGGAGUGCCCCCUCCCAGAGUACAAGCAGAAGAAGGGACCGAACUCUCCGACUGGCUUCGGGCCGACGUGCGAUCCCACGAGAAUCGGGACGGAGAACGACCACCUGACGGAACCCCGGGAGCGGAAGGAGUGGCGCGAGAUGAGCAAGACCGAGAUCGACAGGUUCGCGUGCGCGCUCCGAGUCAUGGACGAAACGACGACCAAGGAAGGCCGAGCGUGCUACGGCAAGACCUUCUGGGCCUUCGCCGAUCUCGUCAAUCUGCACGCGGCCACCGUACUUUCUGUAACUAAGUUCCGGACACAGUCGUUCGUGCGGACCUUCGAGAUGGCGAUCCUCUCCAUCGACCCGAAGAUCGAGGCGAUCCCCUGGUGGAACAUGCCGCUGGACAGCGCGCCCGUCCUUUUCCUCAACGGGACCGAGAAAGUCCCGGCGGGGAAGUACUACAAGGAUUGCGACCCAAAAAAGACAAAGGAUUGCGACCCGAAGAAGUACAUCUGGACGGACAAGUACUUCGGCAACCAGACCGGGUCCGGCCCAAACUUUGAAGUCGCGGACGGGCGCUGGGCGUACCGGAAGUUGCAUCGAUACGGCGACUUCGACCACGAGUACUGGAGCAGCUAUCCUCCGAAGGGCAGCGAUCCUGCUCCGGACCCCGUGACCAACCCCCCCGUGACCAACGAGUGCGUCGUCGGCAAGUGGUUCUCGCCCCGGAGCCCAAUUGUGGGUCCGCUGCGCAAGCAGAAAAAGUUCGAUCACAAUCUGGACCAGAACUGCGUGCGCUGCUGCGACGCGCCCAAGUACGGCACCGACGAGAACUGCAAGUGCGACCAGCCUGAGGACCUCGUGGACGUCUACAUGCGCGGGCCGACGCUCGACACAGCGACGUGCUCCCCGUACGUCACCCGCAACCCGAACGGACGCGGCGUUGGCACGAGCCCGGUUAAAAUCGGCAACGAAAAACAGUUUGAUGGAAACGGGCGCUCGGACCAGGACUCCCUCCUCCGCUACACGCAGCACGACUUUGACGCGUGCGCCAACUCCAACAACACGCGCAACUGGAUCGAGUGGCAGAACUGCCAGGAGGAGAACUUGUUCGGCACCCUCGAAGGCGUGUACUGCCCGGCUGACAAGGAGACGUGCACGCAGAGCGAGCUCGAGAAGGUGUUCGCCCUGCACUCCUCGGCACACGACAAGACGCUGGGCGAGAUUGGCGACGUGACAACCUCGCCUUCGGACCCCGCCCUCUUCUUCUCCUACCACGCCUACAUCGACAAGAACUUCAUGGCGUGGCAAGAGAGCAUGAUGGACACUGGGCGGUUUACCGACCCUGUCAAAAAGGACCUUGGCCCACACGACAAGAGCGACCCGCCGGACCUAACGAACAAGAACUACUUUGGCUACCCCCGAAACGUGAAGGUGGAAGAUUGGCAAGCCCAUGUAGACGAAUUCGUAAAUGUUCAGUUCAUCGACGGGAUGGUCAAGGCGUCGAAUCAGAGGAUGACACUGCGAAACUGGGUCGCGCCGGUCUCAUUCGAUCACUUCGAUUUGCAGCUGUGGCAGGACUUGCUCGGCAAAGACGGGCAGACACAGUGGAUGCCGCCCGGGCACCAAAACUCGUCCUUGGCGGAACAGUGGCACGAUGCGGCGACAAUGAACGACACAGACGCGAAAAUGAUCUACCAGGUCCACGCCGGCGUCGACCCCAACGGCAACGAGUACGAUGCCGAAGAAAUUGACACUGAAGACCUUCUUGGGCCCGCCUGCUCCAGCCUCACCAAUGUGUGGGGUGAAACAAAUGAUGCCGAGCUGUUUGAAAUUACGAAUGCGCGCGGCAAGCCAGUCCGCGGGGUGUUCAACCCCCUUUUCUCGUCGAACUGCGACCAGCCAACCUUCCCGUCCCCGCAGCCCGGAUCCCUGACCCACAACCUCACGCAAUGCGCCAGGACGUACUCCACGUCGGGUCCUUUCAUUUACAUGACAAAGUACCGCCCCCCGGACUUCUUCAACCGCGGCAGGCAGGCCAACCCGACUCUCCCGUGGGUCCCGGGGACUCUCCUGCAAGACAUCGCCCUUGGCGGGCUCCCGUUCCGCAACCUGUUCCCGACUGACGACGGAGGCGAAUUCGGGUACUCAAACAAGGAGAUCAUCGAGCUGAGCAUGCCGUGCCUCCACGGCCGUGCGCCUAACAACAAAGACAAACCAUGCUCGCCGUACUACUACAGCAAGGGCGAAUGAUCCACUGCAGGGUCAUCAAUCAGGGUGCCGAAAAAUGCCUUCAGUGGCCACACCCUUCUUCCCACCCACGCGGACCGUAGCGCUACCGCAACUAAUCGGAAAAUGCAAUGGAACCAUGAGCCGUUAACGUGGACGUAGCCAGGACGAAUGCUAGUGCAACGCGAGCACAACCAAGCAAGGCGCGCAGAUGUAAUUUGCAGAUCGAUCACCCGACCAUCCCUGCAUAUGCGCGGGCCUUGGUCCGGUGCCGCAACGACGAAAGACGCUUGUCGGCACUGGGCCAAUCCUUGAGUGAGCGCUGAACACUGACUGUGCGUGAGGGGGGGUGAACCGUCGCAGUCUAGUCUAGCGUGCGUGCAGCGGUGGCUCGGAGCGUAAGCGCUCUCGAGCCACGGCCUGUGGCCGGGCUCGAUUCCGGCACGGGGCCCGCAGCGCUGUCAGCCUACGUCUCUGGACUGCCGUCGCGUUGUCUUUCCGGCACCAUACCGGUCGGCAUUGUUGGGUUGGCACUCGCCACUCCUGUUGUAUUUAGUGGGUGAAAUGUUAAAAUUUGAAAGUCGCGCUUCUU